AUGGCGAGCAGUAUUCCCGCCGCCCUGAAGUCUGCGGACAUUGGGCGGUUUGCCGUGCGGGCAGCUCAGCUCGAAAACGCGAAGCCUAUCAUUGCCUACUGGUGUAACUUCUACAUUGUCAACCAAAUUAUCGAGAAAGGCCUCCAUACAACGGACGAAGAAGUGAAACUGUACACGACGGACUUGAUGGAGAAGCUGGAACAAUUUCAAACUGGGAAUCGCGACAAUGAUGCUAUUACGGAUUCGAUGGCAGCCAGUGCCUAUGUGGAGGAGUUUGGCCUUGAAGUCUUUGGUCGUGCAGAAGCCGCCAUGCGGGCCGACAAAGUGACCAAACAAACAGCAGAUACCUUUCAGGCAGCUGCGACGUUCCUCGAGCUAUGCCAGAUCUGGAACCCUCUUGAAGGGGAGGUCGCUGCGAAGGUGAAAUUCGCGAAGUACCAUGCUUUGAGGAUCGUGAAAGCGAUAAAGGCUGGAGAGGACCCGAACGUAACGAACCCGAAGAUUGAGGAGCCAGCGGCGGAGCUACCAGCGGAAGAGCCAACCGAACUUGAUGCGGCCGCUGCUGCGUCUUCGUCGCAAGCAGCGUUGCAACCGAAGGUUGAAGACGACCCAGACGAAUCGCAAUACGGGCAAUCGUCUGGCCCCUCGCCUAUCUUACCACAGCCGCCAACAACCUUUACUGAGCUACCCUCCACCCCUCAGGGUCCUGCAUCAGGCUCUAGCCGGGGUUUAGACAUGGAUCCAGCUCAAGAAUCAUCCCUUAACCUUCCGUCAACACCCAAUACCUUCACUUCUUCAGCGGCGCCGAAUCUUCCUGAUACGCCCACCAACAUUGGAGGAUAUCACCGCCCCAAGCCCUCUAAUGAAUUCCAUUCGUUUCCUCCACCAUCUGCGAUACCCCCCACGAGCCCACCAACUGCCUCACACGACGUAAACUCCUUCUAUAACGCUCCUAGCGCCGCUGAAUCUUCGCGACCUGUGCGUCCCGCCGCGCCCAGUCAAGCGGCAAUUCCAACAUAUCAGCCUUUACCUGUAGCGUCAGCGUCCGUUGCACCCCCCGCUCCCCCCACACAAGCCGACUCGCACAACGUUGAUGACCAAUCGAUUUCUCUGGCUCAGAAGCAUGCGCGAUGGGCUGUUUCUGCCCUCACAUUUGACGAUGUCAACACAGCCAUUAAGGAACUGCGGAACUCUCUCAAGUACCUUGGUGCGGAGUGA